AUGAGAUAUGCACUACCAUCUUCACGUAUCACAAUAUUGAAAUUCGAAAGAUUUUGUGCACUUUAUUUGGUCACUGGUCAAGGUGAUUCAUACUCGGAGUCAUUAUGGGAGACAUUUAUGCGUACAUUAGAUCCUGGAUCGGCUAAAGAGGAUAGUGGAUGGAUACAUCGUUUGAUAUCAGCCACAGUGGCAUUAUGCGGAAUAAUUAUUACAUCAACAUUGAUCGGUGCACUUACGACGGGCAUGGAAGCAAAAUUAUUUGAACUGAAAAAAGGACGAACAAGAGUAGUAGAACAUAAUCAUACAAUUAUUCUUGGUUGGUCACCAAAAAUAUUCGAUAUUCUUCAUGAAUUAAUUCUAGCUAACGAGAAUCAACGACAUCCACUAGUGGUUAUUCUUGCACAAAAAGAUCGUAUUGAAAUGCAAGAAAUUAUAGCUAGAAAAAUUGAAAAUCAUAAAAACACUCGCAUAAUCUGUCGUAAUGGUGAUCCGAUGAGUAUUCAUGAUUUAAAUAUUGUUAGUCCAAAUCAUGCACGUUCAAUCAUAAUUCUGGCACCACAAAACAAUAAUCCCGAUGUGUCGGUAAUUAAAACUAUUUUAGCCAUUACCAAUAAUCCAACACGAACAAAAAUUAAAUUUCAUAUUGUAGCUGAAAUUAAAGAACGAAAGAAUCUCGAAGUAGCACUUAUUGCUGGUGGUGAUGAAGUUUGUUUUGUUCAUACAGAUGAAAUUAUUGCUCGUAUAAUUGCCCAAUCAGGUCGUCAGUCGGGUUUAUCAGUUAUUUUAUCUAUUAUUUUAAGUUUUAAAUAUGAUGAGAUUUAUUUUAAACGUGAACCAUCGUUAUCUGGUAAAACAUUCUAUGAUGUUGUCUUUUCUUAUCCAACGAGUUCUGUUAUUGGGAUCAUGUUCGCCGAUGAAACGGUUAAAAUAUGUCCCGCCAGAAACACUAUCCUUCAAUCAAAUGAUCAAAUCAUUGCCAUCGCUGAAGAUGAUGAUGCCCUUAUUAUGUCACCCACAUUUGCUGAUCGUAUAACCUACAAUCCACAGGCGAUUACUUCAGCAACAAUCGAAUCAGCAAAAGUGGAGAAAAACAUUGUUCUCGGUUGGAAUUCCAAGGCACCACUGAUUGCGAAACAAUUGGAUAAUUAUGUGGCUGCCGGUAGUGAAUUACAUUUUCUCACAAAUAAUGAAAAAGCCACAAAAAUCAUCACUGAACAAUUGGUUAAUGAACUAACAAAGCAAAAACUGUAUCUUCAUUCGGGUGAUAUUACUAAUCGUUCAGAUUUGCAAAAAUUGAACUUGUAUACAUAUCAUGAUGUCAUUUUACUCGCAAGCGAGAUACAAACUCAGACAGAAAUCAGUUUACAACAGACAAUCAUCGAAGCAGCCGAUGCUGAAUGUUUGAUUUGUCUUUUACAUUUACGUAAUAUAAUCGAUAAGGCUGGCCGAAAAAAAACAUUUAAUAUCGUGACAGAAAUGUUCGAUAUUAGAAAUCGUGAACUGGCCGAAAUAACACGUGCCGAUGAUUUUAUUGUUAGUCCGAAUAUUUUGUCCAAAUAUGUUGCACAAUUAUCGGAAAAUAAAAAUUUAACAAAAGUAUUCGAUGUUCUGCUGACAGCAGAGGGAGAGGAAAUUUAUUUGAGACCGGUAACAAACUAUGUUAAAACAGAAAUAGCCGUGACAUUUUAUACCGUUUUAGAAUCGUCAAUGAGACAGAAUAGUAUUGCAAUUGGUUACAGACAAAUGAAAUAUGCACUCGAUCCAGCGAAAUUUUAUGGUAUCGUGUUAAAUCCAAUAAAAGAAGAUAAAAUUACAUUUCGACGGGAUGAUAAAAUUAUUGUUCUAGCAGAGGAAUAA